GAUUAGAUCCGGUUAUGGAGCCUCUUUGUUUCCCUGCAGCCUUCUUACUGAGAAGAUUGAUGAAGGCAGUGUGAAACAUGGGCUUCCAUACAUUAUACAAAUUCAUCUGCCAGUUUUUCCUCACUAUGCAGAUUGUUUGUGGUUUGGACAAGGUGAAGCUCCUGAAUCCUCCAGAGGAAGCUCUCCCAGACCAUCUCCUGAGAAUCCUCUACUCUUGUGAUGCAGCAGCUACAGUACAGCUGGACUGUGUUGUAACAUUUGAAACAGGCACAGUGUCCACAAUCCAACUGAGGCAGUGGAGCUGUGUCCCCAGGGAACCUUUAAUAAAGACUGUGAAGCUGAAACUACCAGAUUGGUUGGUGUAUCAACCAGAUGGGAUAAUUCCAGAUUACAUUUUGCUGAGCUGUUUUCUUCGAGCCACUGUUAGACACUCUGGUUCUGAUGAGACUAGAAGCCCCUCUGGUUCUCAGGAUGUGGCACAUCUGCAGCCUAAGCCCUUCUUUAGUCGACCUGUCAAGCAGCAUCAGCUCUCUAUGUCCUGGAGCAAACAAAUGUUACAAUUAACUCAGCGGUUUUUACAGAAACUGUGCCCUGUAGAGCAAGAAACCAUCCAUCUUCUGUCUACAAUCUAUGCUUCAACCGGAGAAAUUUUUGGAAUAACAAAGACACUGGAUCCAUACAGGAAUGAGCUGCUGGAGCACCAUCGCAUUAAAGCCAUUGCUUUUCCUUGGUGUGAACUUUCCUUGUGGAUAUUUGUGACCAGGCAUUGCAAGGAGAAAUUGUGUGGAGUGUUUCAUCACAUUGAUUCCCACAACAAUUAUGCCACACCAGCACUUUUCCUCGGACAAUCAGGCCAGCUACACAUUCAGAUAAGUGGGUUUUCUGAAGAAUCUUCUGCAUUUCUCUCCACAUUUACUGUCCCUUUAAAUAAAUGGUGCCAACUCAGUCUAGCAUUACGCGGAAAAACUGUAACUGUUUCCUUGUGGUUUAUGCAUGAUGAGGAAAGAACAGUGAAAUCUUCAGAACAUACUUUAAGUCAUGAUGUCAUAUUUGAUGACACAGAAGGAUAUUUUGUGAUUGGUGGAGGGAAAUUUAUCCAAGGUCUGGAAGGUUAUUUUGGACCUGUAGUUUACUACCGCAACAGAAUUCCCCAUUCCACGUCUGAAGUUGUUAUUCCAGAAGUGAUAAAAAGCACAAACCUGGCUGGAUGGCUGCAGAACUGCAAAGAAUUUAUCUUUGACAUCGCUGUCAAAAUCAGUGGCUUCAUACUUAAAAACAAACAGGGGAAAAAAGGUUAGACUUGUUUCAAUGUUUUACAUGAGUGGCUUGAAAUGGGGAAACAACCAUCAAAUUCCCAGUGUGGGCUUUGGGAGAAAGCUGUUCCUCGCAGAAAAAUUGCUACCCAACUAGCCAAGUUACUGGUUUUUAAAUAUGGAAGGACAUCAGUCAGUCCAACAGCUGUGGGAAGAGCUCUGUAUUCCUUAUCAGUUCAUAAGAUGCAUAAAACAAGCAGCACUGCAGCUGUCAGAAAAAUAUUGCAUCUCUUGCUCCAAGCUGGCUGUCUUGCUGAUAACCUUGCUCUGCACAUGUCAUCUGUGCUCUACAGCACUGGCCUGGGAGUCCAGAAGCACCCCAUUAAGGCUUGGCUCCUUGCCCUGCUGGCUGCUCAGAGGGAUAAUCGGUUGGCUCUAUUGCAUCUCGGUCACCUACACCAGCAGGGACUACAUGGUUUUCUGAAAGAUCCAGAUCUGGCCUAUGCUUAUUAUGCAAAUAUUGCAAAACAGACAACUUUAGACCGGCAGAAUCCCUCCCCACAGCAGACGUUUGUGGAGGCUAUAUAUUUGAACGACGAUGAGACUUUGAACCUUCAGACCAACAAGGAUCAUCAUAUCUUUCAGUGGCUGAAACUACAGGCCCGCAGAGGGGCAGCUGAGGCUGAGCAAGCUCUUGCCCGUAUGCUCUUCUGGGGUCAGCAAGGAUUGUCUCCAAACAUACAGGAGGCUGUGAAGCACUAUGAAAGAGGAGCUGUGCAGCUGGAGGACCCAGUGUCAAUGUAUGACUAUGGAAUAGUGCUGCUGCUGGGCCAGGGUGUUGAAAAGGAUGUUCCAAAAGCUGUCACUUUCCUUAAAAAAGCGGUGGAAAAGGAAUUUGUUCCCGCAAUGAAUGCCCUGGCCUGGUACUAUGAGCAGUAUGAAAAGGACUACCAGCAAGCUGUGCAGCUGUGGGAAAAAGCAGAUUCCCUUGGUUCUCCAGAUGCCCCUUUAAAUCUCGGUGUCUUGCACUCACAGGGCCUCUAUCCAGGAAAACCUGCUGACCAGUAUGUGGCCUACAAGUACUACCUGAAGUCUGCUGAAAGAGCACACCUGCGCGGAGCAGUUUCACUGGCUGACGUCUGGGCUACAGGGAUACCCGGCUAUGUUGCGAGACGCCCAUCAGAUGCUGUCUUGUGGGUUAAGUGGACAGCUGAGCACAACGGAUAUUUGGGCAGGAUCUUAAGGAAUGCGCUGGAUUCCUAUCUGAAGAGUGACAUGUUCAUGGCUUUGUUAUACUAUAUGAUGGCAGCUGAAUCAGGGUAUGCUCCUGCACAGUUUAAUGUGGCAUAUCUUUGUGAACAAAAUUCGGCUGGGUUUCUGGAUCGUCACUAUGCAACAAACUAUAUGUGGAGAUAUUACAAUCUCACAAUCCAGAGUCAGAAUCCGGACACUUAUGCCUUCAUUAGGAUGGGUGACCUGUUAUAUGAAGGGCUGGAUGGUAGACAGAAAGACUACUUUUCUGCUGCACAGAUGUAUUCAAAGGCAGCUUUAAGCAACAACCCACAGGGAUGGUACAACCUUGGUUUGCUUGUUGAUGAGGGUUACAGGCUGCCACUUUCCAUACUGACUGAGCUUGGCCUAUCUGACCUGUACCAUGCAGACACAAAUCUUCUCCUAAGUACCAUGUACCAAAGGUGUAGAGAUUCCGACAACACAGAUUCAUACUUGCCGUGCAGCCUUGCUCUUUUUCAUAUAUUUUUGCAGUCAUUUGAAGGGUGCCACGUUGCUUCUGUGAUUAAGUUCACCAUUGCUGUUGCUGUGGUUGCAACUCCAACAGUGUUUGUAAUUGUCCUUGGUGUGCUCAGAAGACGCAUGUACGACCAAGAAUCUUGACCAAAAACUAACAGAAGAAACAAAAAAUCUAAUCAGAUAUUUGGUUUAGCUUUACUGUUUAAAUGCCUAUUACCUCAGGGUCAAUAAACCAGAGAAACUUACAUUUCAAAA